AUGUGUGCCAGGAAGGCGGUCGACUCUGCAGCUUGUAUUUUUGACUAUCUGAAAACUCUAGAUGUCAACGACUUUGAUAAAUUGUAUGGUCAUCCUCCAACCUGUCUUAUCGUAUUUAGAGAGCUUGAGGAACUGGCGAAACAGAUUGUUCAUCGGUUGCUCUUUCUCGAACAAACCAUACCAAAAUCAAUAAUUACGGGUUGGGUUCCAAAAGCCUCUCAUGGUCUGUUGAAUCGAGCUUGUAAAGAUUUGUCCGAUUUGUGUAUCUGGCACAGCAUUGAUAGCGACAGUGCGAGGGGGUCCUGGAGGCUUAACAAAAAAUUCCAGGAAUCAUUGAAAGUAUCUCUCUUUGGCGGUGGGCCUCAGUUAUUAAGUGACUUCGGUUCCACUGCAGCGGAAAAACAUCCGAAGGAUCCAGAAUUUUUGGACAACUAUGCGUCGGAGAGAUGGGAUUCAAUCUUGCACUUCAUGGUCGGGUCAGACUCAGCCGAGGUUGGCACCUGUGUUAGAGAUGUGCUCCUGCUCUCUGGAAUGAUGAAAAGGUAUAGUAUAUGCUUGGUAUCAUAUUCCACUAGAGGAGGCCCUGACAUUUCGAUGGGCAUCACACAAAGAGGAUUUCAGUUCCUCCUCAUGGAUAGGCCUACACAAGUUCUUCGAUUCAUGCUAUAUUAUUUCGAUUAUCUCAAAGUACCUCUUUACACAUACUUUACCCUGUUUGUAGGAAAAUCACAUGCAUAUAAUCGAGGCGCUUCACUUCGUUUUCCAGCUGAGUUUCCUCUCAUUUGGCAAGGCACGUCAUUAUAUCUGGAAUUAUUGCUGUCUCUAAUAGAUAUGCUGUCACAGACGCAGCAGGAUCUGUUACAACACAUGCGAGAGCUCGGUUUAGCCUACCAGCGCAAACGCACGGCUCCCCGAUUCUAUGUGACGCGACUAGCACUCAGCCUGGCUCUUGGUUCACCAGCAGCUCUGAACUCCUUGCGUGGUUCUGUUGAUGCAGAGCCUGAUGCUCUUUUCUCCGCUAAUCGUCUUCCUACGGGAGUCAGCCAUCGUGGCUCCAGAGGUGGUGGGAUUGGUGUCGGAGAUGCAUCGGAUGUAGGCUAUAUACUCGUUGAGACGAACUUCCGACUUUACGCCUACACUGAUUCGCGCCUCAAAACGGCUCUCCUGAGCCUCUUUAGCAAAAUCCGCGUGCGCUACCCUAACUUGGUGGUAGCUGACAUUACCCGAGACUCCGUUCGAGAGGCCUUGUUAAGGGGAAUCAGUGCCAACCAGAUCAUAUCCUUCCUCAUCUCUAACGCUCACCCGGAUAUGCGGAGGCAGUCGACAAUCUUACCACCAACACUGGUCGAUCAAAUUCGCCUCUGGGAGCUUGAAAGGGAACGACUCUUCUUUCAGGAGGGCUGUCUAUAUGAGCACUUUGCCAAAAACACAGAUUUUGAGAUGGUCCGCGAUUUUGCAAAGAGUAAUGGAUGCUUAUUGUGGGAAUGUCCGGAGCGCCGAGUCAUGGUCGUAUCUAAGGCUGGCCAUGACGACGUCCGUGCAUUCUGGAAGCAGAAACGACCCGUGUAG